AGUUCAGGAAUCCCACGUGACGUCACCCGGGGGUGACGUUAUGCUUCUCUAAAUAGAUCGUAUUGUAAUCUUUUCUCAGUCCAACGUGGUUUCUUCUCAGAGACUGCUUCAAAUUUUCUACACUUGUUUGGUAAGUUGAAAACCUCACACCACCAUGCAGAGGACCGUGCACGCGCCCCUGCAGUUUUAUGAGAAGGUGGCCAGAGUGAUGAACUCAGACCAAGAAAGGCCGUAUGUGUGCAACGCUCCUGGCUGUUCUCAGCGAUUCCCCACGGAGGACCAUCUGAUGAUACAUAGACACAAACAUGAGAUGACCCUUAAGUUCCCCUCCAUAAAGAACGACAACAUGUUAUCAGACCAGACGCCCACACCAACACGCUUCUUGAAGAACUGUGAGGAGGUGGGAUUGUUCAGUGAACUGGACUGCUCCAUUGAACAGGAGUUUUGCAAGGCCCAGGAAGAGGAGGACAGUAAACAGAGCAUCUCAUUGCACGGCCAGACAGGCCAAGCCCAGCACCAGCAGUCCCACUCACGGAUGAGCAACCAUGAUACCAGCAUAGUAAUCCAGCAGGCCCUGCCAUCUCCUCAGUCCAGCUCCGUCAUCACUCAGGCUCCAUCAACUAACAGACAGAUUGGGCCUGUCCCUGGCUCUCUGUCCUCAUUGCUGCACCUACGAAACAGACAGAGACAGCCUCUGCCAGCCUCCAUGCCUGGAACUCUGCCAGACCCGACCAUGCCUGGCUCCUCCGCUGUGCUGAUGCCUAUGGAGAGACAAAUGUCCAUGGGAUCCAAUAUGAUGGGUAUGCAAGGACCCGCCCACAGCAGCUCCUGCUCUUCCACUCACAUUCCCUCCAUGCACUCAGAAGCCAAACUGAGGCUGAAGGCUGCACUUUCACACCACCCGGGUACCAUUGCCAACGGCAACAUGAACUCCAUGGGCCACAUGAUGGAGAUGAUGUCAUCGCGGCAGGAGCAAGGCACCCACCAUCACAUGCACUCGCACCCGCACCAGCACCAGCACCAGCACCUCCAAGCCCCUCCUCACGCGUACCAGCACCACGGCCACCACCACCACAACCAGGGCCACGGGCAGGGUGGACACCACCACCCGCAGGGACACAACCCCCAUCAAAACUCCCACAAUCCCCACUUACAUCCUGGGCACCCACACCAGACCUCACCGCACCCUCCAAUGCACUCUGCUUCUCAUAUGUCACCUGCAACCCAGCAGAUGCAUCCCACGCAGACACUGCAGUCUCCGCCACCCAGCGGUGGCCGGCGCAGGCGAGUAGUGGAUGAGGAUCCGGAUGAACGUCGGCGGAAGUUUCUGGAGCGGAACAGAGCGGCGGCAACCAGAUGCAGACAGAAGAGAAAAGUGUGGGUGAUGUCAUUAGAGAAGAAAGCGGAAGAGCUCACUCAGACCAACAUGCAGCUUCAGAAUGAAGUGACCAUGCUAAAGAACGAGGUGACCCAACUCAAGCAGCUUCUCCUCACACACAAGGACUGUCCCAUCACCACUAUGCAGAAAGAGUCCCAAGGUUACCUCAGUCCAGACAGCAGUCCGGCAGGCAGUCCAUCUCCAGUAUGCUCCCAGCAGCAGGUCAUUCAACACAACACCAUCACCACCUCCACCACAACCAUAGGGGGCAGCAGUGUGCACGGACAAACCAAUCACCGCACAGACAUUAACCCCAUCCACUAG